AUGAAUAAUGAUAUCAAACAAUCGAUUGAAAGUUGCCCUCAAUGUCAGAUAUCAACUGGUGGCCAAAGAACAACUGAAACAUCACAUCCGUUAGUUCCAGUUCCAGCUUUUCAUCGUCGGAGUCUUGAUUUUAUUGGUCCAUUACCGGUGACAUCAACCGGUAAUCGAUGGAUAUUAGCUGCUAUUGAUCACACAACCAAGUGCCCAAUCGUUAAAGCCAGUUCAUCAGCUCCACAUGAAUUCGUUGCUAAAUUUGUUUACGAGGAAAUUGUCCUCAGCUUUGGUUGUCCCACCAAAAUUAUCACUGAUCGUGGUACCAACUUUACGAUAGUCACAUUAAAUUCAUAUUUCAAACUUAUUGGUAUCAAACAUUUAUUAACAUCUGCUUACCAUCCCAGGACAAAUGGAGUUGUUGAACGAUUCAAUCGAUUAUUUGCUGGAAUGUUAGCAAAGUAUAUCGCUGAUGAUGCUGUUAAUAAAUGGGACUUGUAUAUUAAUCGUGCCUUAUUUGCUUGUCGUAUUCGACAACAUCAUGCAACAGGAAAAUUAAUUCCUAUUCUUAACAAUGAUGAUUCGAAUGAUUUUUUGCAUCGUAACGAACAAAUUAAUCAGAUAUUUCAAGAUCGUGAAAAGGUGCAUCAGCAUUUGAAAUCCAAUACUAUUACAAUGAAGAAUUACUAUGAUCAACAUUUGAAACCAUCCGCUCAUAGAUUAAAGCAAGGUGACUGGGUUUUAUUUCGUCAUAUUAAUGGAAAAAAAUUUCAACCUCGUUGGACAGGUCCCUACAAAAUUAUUCAUAUUGGUACUUUAGGGACAUAUCAACUAAAAGAUGUUCAAGGUCGAAUUAAAUCUGAUUUAGUACAACGAGAUAUGCUAAAAAUUGAAUUGACUAGCGCAACACCAGUUAAGUCAUGGUACAAGCCGUCGAGUCGUUUAUACGAGAACUGA